AUGGAGAUUAUCAGUGACGGAUAUUUUAGUGAUAAACCACCGGCACCAGCGGGAGGUGCUGCCGCUCCGGCAGCUGCGGCCCCUGCAGCGCCUGCAAAACCCGAUGAAAAGAAGGGGGAAGAGAAAAAAGAUGAGAAGAAGGAAGGGGAGGGUGAGAAGAAGAGCAAAAAAUCGGAACAAGAAAAAAAGGAGGGUGAGGGUGGCGAAGGAGAGAAGAAGGAUGAAAAGAAGGAAAGUGAGGGCGAGAAGAAGGAAGAGGACAAAAAAGAAGGGGAGGGUGAUAAGAAGGAGGAAGGCAAAAAGAGUGAAGAGAAAAAGGAAGAAAAGAAGGAGGGAGAGGAAGAAAAGGGUGAAAAGAAGGAGGGUUCCAAGAAGGAAGGUUCCAAAAAGGAGGGGUCGAAGAAAGAGGAAGACAAGAAGGGUUCAAAGAAGGAAAGUUCCAAGAAGGAAGGAUCGAAAAAGGAAGGGUCCAAGAAAGAGGAGGGUGAGGGUGAAAAGAAGGACGAAGAAAAGAAGGAUGAGGAGAAGAAGGAUGAGGAGAAGAAGGAUGAGGAAAAGAAGGAUGAAGAGAAGAAGGAUGAGGAGGAAAAGAAGGAAGAGUAA